AUCGAUAGUCAUUAUUAUGUGAUUGCUUUGUGAUGUGUGUGUGUCUGCGCAGGAGUUAUGUCCAAAUGUUAUGGGCUUCAGUUGUCUUAGCGCACACAGGAAGUCGUUCCGUCCGCUGUGCUGGCGCAGCUACUAUUGUAGCAUGCCGCGAUGGGCACGCUCCGGCGGUGGAACCGGCAGUGCUCGCGCCGACGCUCCGACGAAUUGUUUGCCGCUGUGUCGCGAGGCGGAGGGCGCGAUGGGAGGCGAUGGACUGGUUAGCGAUCUCAGGAUCGACCCCGACGGUCUCACGCCGCCUGGGAAGCAGCUGCUGCCAGGCUUCGUCCACUACCCUGGCGUCCUGUCGCCCGAGCUACAGCAAGCCCUGCUCGACGUGGCUGUGUCGGUGACGUCUAGGGCCCGGGACGAGGGGGUGAGCGGAGGCUGGCACCGCAAGGACGAUAACGGAAGAUGGUCUCUGAACGACGGGACCAAGGCGCGGUUUUGGGACAGGAUCGACGGCAUCUUCCCCAAAGGCUUCCGGGAGCUCGGCCAGGACCUCGCGAGGCUCUCCGCCAGGGACUUCCCGAGGGAUCUGGCUGCGCCAGUGGCAGCCUUCGAGCCGCAAGUGGGUGCCGUGAACUACUACACUGGGAGGGGCCGCAUGGGCUGGCACGCCGACGACUACAACUUCGCGAAGAAGGACCGGCCCAUAGUCAUGGCCAACCUGGGCGAUGCCGCGGAGUUCGGCUACCGGGCACCGGUGGCCGCCGCGGCGACGGGCGCAGAGCGCUCCGUGCGCCUGGAGUCGGGCGACGUGGUCGUGUUCGGCGGCGAGGCUCGGGACCUCGUCCACGCUGUGCUCCGGGUGUACGAGGGCACGACGCCCACCAACCUCCGCGGGGGCCCCGGCGGCCCCGGCCCGCUGGUCGGCCGCGUGUCCGUCACCUGGCGCGACUGUGGCCCAGAGGACGGGCUGACUUUCAACUCGGACGAGCGGCUCGGCCUGACGGUCACCGAGAACACGCUGCCGCGCUACCUGGCGAAGCGCCGCGGUGGCGGCGGCGGCGGUGGCGGCGGUCGGGCCAGGUCCGCCGCAUGCUGGGGCUGCGGGGGCGCCGUCGAGUCCAGCGGACGGGCUGGCCAGGGGUAUUGUCAGGCAUGCUGGGAUUCUUGGCGGAGAUGAGGUGGGCGGCGGUUUGUUACCAGCCUCGGACUUAUCCCUAUCCCUAAGAUUGACACAUGCCCAGCAUAGGGAUAGGGAUAUGUUCCAGGCUGGUAAGUGUGGGCUAAUCAUCUUUUCCUCCCCCACCCGUGUGGGGCGUGUGCAGCACCAGCUGUUGAUGCGGGUGUCUGCCGCGCAGUGCAGAAGGGUACACUUCCGUGGCUCAUCCAGGUGCGCAGAUGGAUGCUUUUGUUAGGAUUUUUCGCACGCUGUGGGCCAUCGAUCCCCUGGAAUUUCGAGACUGCGCAUUUUUCCGAUUCGUUUCGUGCCGUUUUUUCAGUGGUAGCACGAGCGUCGGGUCUGACUAAAAAUCUUUCCACCCAUAGCUUGGUUUCUUCCCCUCUGAAUCGAAC